AUGGCACCCAUGAAAGUGAUCGCCCUCAUCCUCCUCGCCCUCACCAGCACACAGGCUGCCAGGAUCGGUAACCUCCCCCCUGUUACCCCAAACAACAACAACCCCCGCAACGACGUCGUCGAUGCCGCCAGCGGAAGAGACACCUUUCACGGUCGCGAAACCAGCAACAUUAACAGCAAUUCCGGAAAUAACAACAUCAACGUUGAUGCCAGAGACCUCAAUACCAACGACAAUGCUCAGAACAAUCGCGUCAAUGGGAACAACAGGGACGGCACUGUCGACGUAAACGCCAGAAACAACCGUGUUAUCGGCAGAGGCAACACCGGGAACAACAACGUCAACGGGAAUGCUCGCAACAACGACGUCGAGGUCAACGCCAGAGAUCGCAACACCGACGGCAAUGGUCAAAACAUCCGGGUCGACGGAAAUAAUAAGGACAACACUGUCGACGGCAAUGGCCAGAGCGACCGUGUUAUCGCUAGGGGGAACAUCGGAAACAACAACGCCAAUAACAACGCCAAUGGGAACACGAGGAUCAACAACAACGAUUAG